GAUCGAGCAACGGGGAAGAAAAUGACCUACAACAACGGACCACCCAUACUCACAUCCUCAACCAGUAUAAUCAAUACAGAUAAACUGAGAGUAUAGUGAAGGACAAACCAGAAGUCACACCUUGAAAAUGACACGUUCUACCAAGGCAAAAUCUCGGAACAGAAAGCAAAGAACAACGGCAGAUGAUUACCUAGGUCACCACAAUGGUCAGCUCACAAUGCAGCAAGAAGCGCGCAACACGGAAGGACGCAAUCUCUGGAGGACAGGUGCCUCUCUGCGCCACCAGACUGUGCGGUUUGUGAGCGCCCAGGACCCGCAACCCGACCGAGAAACUGAACACCACUCCGUGAGUACCAAAAAUCUGGUUGAAAUGGCUCAACCCAAAGAGACACUGGAACCACAAAUUCCUAGUGAAACGAUGGUAGCACUGGCACCAGAACCUAUAUUAGAAGAUAAGGACCGAUCGCAAUGUAUUGAGGUGGUGGACCAUAUAUCAACUCCGAAUCAAGUCGUUGGCUUUAAGUCACAAACUUCUGUCGACUCUAGUGAAGACGAAAUCGUGUUUCGUGGGCGGAGGAAUGAGCAAGAUGACAGCAAAAACCCCUCUAUCGAAAGUCAGGAGCAACACACCACGACCGUCACCAGUGGUUUACAGCACAGAAGAGAAAUUGAGCACGUUCAAUCAGGACAUCAGUACUUCAUAUUUGACACCGGUUUAUCAUCUGUUUCCAGGGACGACUCGACAGAAUCACAUCCACGGGCAAGAGGUGAUAGUAUUGGCUACAUUUCACUCAGGGGAGGGAAACAGAAGCAGAACAAUAAAAAAUGGGAAAGGGAUGAGGAUGAUAUUCUCGCCGAUUACAUACAGAAUAUCGAUGACGACUACUUGAUGCUGACCAGCACCUUGCACCCGACUAGAGGCCAAGGCUACGAUUCUCGCGCCAGCGACUCAGCAGGGUCCAUGACAAACCUGGACCCCGUGACUUCUGCAGCUGCAAAGACCCUGGUACUGCACCAAGAAACGACUUUUCCUCGAUGCGACGGACUAACGCCGGAGGAGAAACACGAGAGCGAUGGGACUGAUACUUCCUUCCCAGGGCAGACUUGUCGGGAAGCAGCGGCAGAAGAAGGAGCCACACAAAAUCAGAAUCCUCAAACACACAGCGGGCCAGCUGCUUCAUCUGGCAUCUCCGACACGGAGGACGAGGAGAAGGAUGGGUUAGAUGUAAGUUCCAAAAGUUCGAUUGGCCGCGGAAAGGUCAUGCUCCAAAGUGAAGCACAACACGGUUCCGCUACUGAUUUCAUGCAGACCCUGCACACCUUGGAGCAGGGAUUCUUUGCAUCGGCUACGGCUUUUGCUGAUGCACUGGAGUUUGAUCCUUAUUAUGGAUUUGAUAUCAUGGACUUCAACCGACCGAGUGUGAAAAAGAAACCUAAAGGGAAAAACCAUGCUCUGGAUAUUACACUCUCCGACAGCGAACUUGAAUCCGAGCUGAUUAAUGCCUGGCAAAAUGACAGGGCAAAGAAAAAGGCCAGGAAGCAAAAGCGUGAAGAGCUACGUUCGCAGGGACUGCUAGGUCGCAGUCGCGAGGAACCUGUUUUGAAAACGAAAUAUACAAAUGGAAUAGGCUUCGAGGAUCUCAAAACCGAAUUCCGAAAGUUUCUCUCAUCGUCAAAGAAUAGUUUGGCUCUACCUCCCAUGUCCAAGCAGCACCGCAAAUUAGUUCACGAAUUGGCCAAUGCCUUAUCCUUGAGCUCACAAUCUCGAGGGAAGGGAUCAUCCAGGUUUCCAAUAGUGCACAAAACGUCUCGAACUCCGGCAUAUACUCCCAAAACGAUAUCACAAAUGGACCGAAUACUAUUCAAACGAUACAGUCAACGCGGGACCAAAUCCCGUGACAUGAAGUCAACUAAGUCCAUUAAGUCCCGCCGUGAUCGCCCUGAUGCAUCUGUUUCCUACAUGGAUGGCGACGUUGUCGGAGGGUCAGCACCUGAAAUCGGUGCGGGAAACAAGGGGAGGGCUAUGCUUGAGAAAAUGGGAUGGAGUACCGGUACGCCUCUUGGCGCAACGAAUAACAAGGGUAUCUUGCUUCCAGUUGCACAUGUUGUAAAGAACUCGAGAGCCGGAUUAGGAUAAAUAACCAGAGAGAUAUCACAGCCGAAACAAGUCACGGCUCUCGGUACUCCUAACGCUGAACAUGAGAUCUACGAGAAGCCUCUGUCAAAAUGUCUAAAAGCAUACUUCCAC